CACACCCUGCCUAUACCUGAGGGAGAGAGACCGUUGUCCAUAGUGACGGCUGGGGAGACAUCUGUGCAGAACAAAGUAAAGUAGGAGAGGUGGCGGUGACAUCAUACCUUUCUCACCUGUCUGCGCAGAGGUGUGGAGAGAGGAAGGGGUUAAAGAUGCUAUUUAGGCAGAUGACAGAGAUCGUGGCAGCAAUAAUUUUCUGCAGUUUGGUCACAGGGAAUGCUUUGGCCUCUGAUUCUCGGCCUUCAGGUGAUGAGGCAACUUCAUUAGCUCCCGAGUCCAAAUGUCCAUCUCCAUGUCUCUGCAACUAUGACUACAAUGAAGACUACAAUAUCUUCUGCAGCUCACGUGCUCUCACCUCUAUCCCUGAGCUGCUAUCCACCAACGUUCAGUCUUUGUGGCUGGAUGGCAACAACCUCACAACGGUGCCCACCGAAGCUUUUAAGAACUUAUCUCAGCUUGAGUUUCUCAACAUACAGAGCAGUCACUUGGCUACUUUGGAGCAGCAUGCCUUGCACGGUCUCAAGUCUUUGGCCCAUUUGCACUUAGAACGAAAUUUGCUGAAAUUUCUGGCUCCAAACACUUUUCUUCAUACUCAGAACCUGGUCUCCCUGAGCCUCAACAACAAUGACUUCACAAAAAUUGAGGAUGGAUUAUUUUCUGGUCUCUCGAACUUGUGGUAUCUAAACUUGGGAUGGAACUCAUUGGUGGUGCUGCCAGAUACUGUCUUUCAUGAUCUACCUAAUUUGAGAGAGCUUGUUUUGGCUGGAAACCGUUUACCGUAUCUUCAUCCUCCACUAUUUCUUAGCUUGAUCGAACUAAAGGAACUGGACUUAAGUGGGAAUAUGCUUAGAGGAAUAAAGGCUCACAUCUUCACAAAACUUCACAAGCUUCAAAAACUUUAUCUAAACCAUAACACUAUUUCUACAAUUGCUCCUAGAGCUUUCAUGGGCAUGAAGUCUCUCCGUUGGUUGGAUUUGUCUCACAAUCGUCUCUCUGCCCUAUCUGAGGAGACCUUUGCUGGAUUGUUGAGCCUCCAUGUCCUGCGGUUGUCCAACAACUCUCUUACUAACCUAAGGCCAAGGGUUUUCAAAGACCUACAGUUUUUAGAGGAGCUAAAUCUUGGACACAACAAGAUAAGGACUCUUAUGGAAAGAGCGUUUGAUGGCUUGGGCCAACUGGAGUUUCUGUCAUUAAAUCACAAUAGCAUUCAAGAGAUUCGACCAGGAGCUUUUUUUGGACUUUUAAAUGUGGCGGUGAUGAACCUCUCUGGCAACUGCCUCAAAAUGCUUCAUGAGCAGUCAUUUAGAGGACUUGGCAAGCUGCAUAGUUUGCACAUGGAGAACAGUUGUAUCAGUAAGAUAAAGCCACAUAUGUUCACAGGCCUCUCAAAUCUCAGAAGGCUCUUCCUCCAACGAAAUGAUAUUUCUGCCAUAGAUGAGAACAGUUUCUCUGACCUACAAGAUCUACUAGAAUUGGACCUCAGAUUAAAUAAGUUGACCCAUCUCUCUGCCAGAUCCUUCACAGGUCUGAAAAAUCUCUCCUACCUUCUCCUUUCCAGCAACCAGCUAGCAGCAGUAUCUUCAGAGACCUUCAGUCCAUUUCAGAAGCUGCAAUGGCUUGACCUUUCAGACAAUCGGUUGAGUGCAAUAGUGACAGACAUCUUUCAGCCCUUCUCUUAUCUUAGGUCCUAUCUUUUUAAAGUAGGAAAUCCUGGGGUACCUUCCUUUGAAAAGUGCACCUGACAUCAUUCCCGAUUGUAAAUCCAGGACAAAUUAGGCAACGUUCUCUCUCAACUCAGCCACAACUGAAGAGGAACCCCCCCCUUCCUCCUUAAAAGUCAUAUCCCCAUUGGACGCAAAAAUUCAGAACUGCCCGACAAGAAAACAUAAUUGUUUGCAGUUAUGUACGAGUGUUAUUGAUAUAUUGAAAUACAGUAUAUAUCGGAUAACAGCUUAUAAUUUGGUGCUGCCAUUAUAUUCUCUCUCGAAAUGGACGGGACUUUGUCACAUUAUAUAUGCUGAAAAGAGGAACAUUCCAUGACAAUCAAACGCACAUUUUUACUAACAGCAAAAAUGUGACGCGCUUACAUGUAACAGAAUGAAAUUUGCUGCUGUGUAUACGGAAAUUGCCAUGCGACAAUACUUAUUCACGUCACCGAUGUGACUUAUUAAUAAAGUUGUGUUGUAAGUAAUCCAGUGCGACUUAGGCCAAGAAGGCCAAUGUCUGAGUGCUAGCGACCGGCUACUGUGUAUUUGCACUUUGUGACUAAAUAAAGCCUGUCUACUGUUGUAUUUAUUGUUA